AUGACACAUCGGCUUGAAAGUCCAAGGUCAGAGGGAGCGACUGGAAGUUUUCUGGACUUAGCAAUUGACCUUGACUCUAUAUACAACACCUAUGCUUCACAACCGAACAAUGAUUCCGUUGAAACUUUAGACUCGGAUAAGAAUCAAGCGCCAAUUGAACCAAAAUCAAUAAGACGAUAUCUUGAACACCAUCCUUCGUCACCUCCCACCAUACCAGGACCCCACCAUCAGUACCAUCAGCAGUUCUUAGGCUCAGAUUUUGAAGAUAAUUCCCUUUCUAAUAACAAUUCAACUUCAAAUUUAUCGUCAGGAUCAUUCGACUUUAAUAGCAGUCAAUUGCGUCCACAGGUGGUGACAAAUAGUUCAUUAAAUGUAUUGAUAAACCCAGUAGAAGAAGAUAGGGGUAUUCUGGCCGUGACGCUGGAAGAAGAUGAUAGUCAAAUUGCAGAAAUUGAGGAAGCCCCUCCAUCGUCACCAUCUACCCUACCACCACCUGUACCUCGCAUUGCGGUACCAACAACCACACCUACCAAUAAUAUUGCGAAAUCUACUCCAAAAGGUGUAAACCCCGUAGAUAAGCUCAAAAAUAUCGAAGCAGACAAAUCAUUAUCGCAGUUGCUGGUCAAACUGCUGGACGAAUGGGCAGCUGUUAAGCAUGUCCCUGACCCUGAAGAUUCCAACAACUACAAAGUCAUUAGAAGAACCGUUUCAGAUUUCAAAUUCGGAAAGAAUCUUGGAGAAGGUUCUUAUUCAACCGUGGUACUUGCCACUGACAAGCAUACAUCACGGAAAUAUGCCGUGAAAAUAUUAGACAAGAGACAUAUCAUUAAAGAGAAAAAAGUUAAAUACGUUAACAUCGAAAAGCACGCCCUAAAUCGAUUAAUUGAUAGAACCGGGAUUAUUUCAUUAUAUUUUACCUUUCAAGAUAAACAUUCAUUAUACUUUGUAUUGGAAUAUGCUCCCAAUGGAGAGUUGUUGAGCUUAAUAAAAAAGUAUGGCACAUUAAAUGAAGAUUGCACAAGAUACUACGGGGCACAAUUAUUGGAUGCCAUAAAAUAUAUGCAUGAUAACGGAGUUAUCCAUAGGGACAUUAAGCCUGAGAAUAUUUUGCUUGAUGAUAGAUUAAGACUCCAAGUCACCGAUUUCGGAACGGCUAGGUUACUUGAGAAAAAGAGCAAACCAGGAGCAAAUGCUGAAGGGAACGAAGAAAAUGAUCUGGAAGAUUACCCAGUGGACGUUAGAGCCAAGUCCUUUGUAGGUACUGCGGAAUACGUCUCCCCUGAAUUAUUGGAAAGUAAAUAUUGUGGAAAGCCAGGUGAUAUUUGGGCGUUUGCAUGUAUAAUUUAUCAAAUGAUUGCAGGUAAGCCACCAUUUAAAGGACUGAAUGAAUAUCAAACGUUUCAAAAGAUUACCAAGUUACAAUAUGCAUUCAGUGCUGGGUUCCCCGUUGUGAUUAGAGAUUUAUUGAAGCAAAUAUUUGUACUUCAACCUUCCAAAAGAGCAAAUAUCCCAAUGAUUCAACUGCAUUACUUUUUUCAAUCUGUUAACUGGGACGAUUUUGAUCUGAUUUGGGAAGAAAGGCAUCCAGAACUUGGUCCGUACAAAAUGAACGCCAAAUCAAUGAUGAAAGUUCCAGAAUUAAACAAAAACCUAUCUCAACAAACUAUUCCACAAGUGUCAUCACUGAGGAAGAUUAGUAGUAAAAAUGGUGACGCAAGUAAACGUGAAAAGAACAACAAAGUUAAUGCAGCCAGUGUAGCUGCAUAUGUACUAAAUAAGAAUGAUGAACAUGACGAAAAGGAUGUGACCGACGACGAGGAUAAUCAGAGAACGUCGACAGGAUCUUCUGGGGGUGGAAAAGGAGGCUCAGCCUCUUCAAGUAGACCAAGUACAUCUAGGAAAACGACUGCAGCAAAACCAAGACCCACUGCUGAUUAUAUUCCAGGAACUAAUAUCUUAAGACCAACAGUAAACUCUCAAGCGAUUAGAACGCUUACCUCAUCAUCAAGAAAAGCUCUGACGAAUUCUUCUUCGUCCUCAUCAUCGGCAGGUAAACCUAAAAGUAAAGUUAUGGAAGUGGGUCCGAUAACUCCAUUAGAAGUAGCAUGGGGUUCAUAUUUGAAACAUUCCGAUGAAAGAAUUUUAAAAAUUGGACCUGUUAUCUGUCACAAGCAAGCAACGGAUGUGUUUGAGAAGAAACACAAAGGUUUGCUCCACGAUUCACCUCUUGGCUGGUAUGGUAGCAAGCAAAUGGCUACAAGACAAUCUUCUAGUUUGUUGACUCAAGUAGUCAAUGGGUCAAACUUUGGGUUGAGAGCAGGACAACAGGCGACUUCGAGUCCUGCACCACUGUCUAGUGGUGAAUAUCUCGAGGAAGAUGAGGCCAUUGUUGACCACUACGCGAUGACGAGUGCACCAAAGAGAAGCCUGUCCACUGCAUCCACUUCGUCAUCAUCCACUAAGGACAAGAGUAAGUCUUCAUUUAUUUUAAAGAAGUUAUUAAAAUCACAUCACAAUAGUAGCAACGAGGAAUCUGGAGAUGACGAUCAUGCAACUUCUCAUCCACUCUUAAAACCCAAAACAUGUACCUUGCUAAUUACGACUCACGGGAGAGUAUUAAUUUUCCUUCGUGAUGAUAACGAAACAAAUUAUAAACUCGUCACGGAAAUCAAGAUACCAUUCCCUUAUAUUCAAUUUAAGGAAGUAAUUUCUGCCGCUUCUUCACUGAAAUUUGGUCAAAAGUUGUUACCUACUAUGGGAACUUUUGCCAUUGAAUCAUGUAUUACGACAUUUAUUUUUGAAGUUGAAAAAUUCGAUGUUAAUAGCUACACAGAAGCAUUGGCUAAAUCAAAAUUGAACCAGUUGGAAAGAGAAAUCGAAGCAAGUCAGCCUCUUGGUCUGAGUGGAAGUGGUUCUUCGAAUGGAAAAUCAAAAUUGCAAGAUUCUCCGGUGAUACAAGCCAGAGCAUCAACCCCUGUUGCUCCUGUUGUAGCCCCAGCUUCUCCCAAUUUACAAUCAUCUCCUUAUAAUCGUGGGACAGGUCAAUCGCCUAGAAUAAAGUCACCAGAAGUGCUGCAAUCUAAGGAUAAGCAACUGCAGCAACUGGGCAAUGGUGGGCUACUUGCAAGUAGAAUGUCCAAGUCAAUUAAGCGUAAACCCCCACCUUCAGUUUACCCUUCUGGAAAUAGCUUGCUAGACAUGUCUACCGGACUUGGCUCGAAUACAAAUUCUGCGGCGGAUAAUGGAACACUACAUGCAGCUCAGUUGGCAGUUGCAAACAAUGAGAGGAACCGACCACAUAGUGAUUAUCAGCAGAGAACAAGCUUUACUAAGGAUGACGCAGGCUAUUUUGGAAGUAGGAAUACAACUGGUGCCCAACCAACCAAUGGAAAUAAACCGGUAGGAGCAAUUACUUCCUUAAAUUCAAAGUUUCUUUCUAGAAGUCAAAGGAAGAAAUAG